AUGGCUUCGCAAGCCACUUCCGAUUCAAAGCCUUCGGGCAACGCUACAGAAUCAAGAUCGACAGCUUCCUUGAUCCCCACCCUCUCCUCGGAGGAGCAAUUUCUUCACCUCUUGCGACACAACUUGACGCUCAUCACUAGAGGUGUGACGCACUUGGAGCCUCGCUUUACCGCCAGAGCUCUUCGAAGCUUGACUUCUACUCGACGCAAAGCUGCUGCUCAUCCGGAUGUGCUCGCCACCAUAAUCGAAGAGGGAGACGCGGAUGGUGAGUGUGGAAUGCGCAGCGCGAUCGCUUUGGCCCUGCACGUCAUGCUGACGCUCUCCAUGUGUAUGCUUGUGUCGUAGAAUCAUCUCGUGCUGCGAUGCUCAAGUUCUUGCCCAAGUCUUAUGUUCCUCAGCCUGUCAAGCUGCCCACCGCGACGAGCGCAAACGCUGCCUCGGACGCCAUGGACGUAGACGAAUCUGCGCCAGCCACAGAGGGAACAAAAAAGGAAUCGAAAGACGGCAAGUCCGACGACAAGGAUUCGGAAAAGGAGAAAGAAAAGGAAAAGGAGGCUCAAAAGGAGAAAGAAAGGGCUGCAUUUAUCGAAAAGUUCAAUCAACCUUUUAAAGCGAGACCAGAAGCAGCUGCUGAAGUUCAAGCGUAUCUGCGUCUUCUGUUGGUGGUCUACCUGCUGGAUGGAGGAAAGGUAGAAGAAGGGCAGACGCUGGCCAGGUCUUCGAUUGAUGCUGUCGUUGCUCAAAAUAAGAGAUCGCAGGAUUUGCUAAGUGCUAGGCUUAUCUUUUACCUCUCUAGGAGCAUAGAAUUGCUCAGCAAGGACAAAUCAGCCGAGGGUCUCGCCGGCGAGCGUCCUUACCUCUUGAGUCUGUACAGGACCUCCUCCCUCAGACACGAUCCCGAGACGCAAGCGACCCUCAUCAACCUCCUGCUCAGGAGCUACAUUGAAGGAAAGGCGAACCUGUACGACCAAGCAGACAAGCUCGUCGCCAGAGCUCCUUUUCCUCGAAGCAAGGCUGGCAAUGGCCAAGUGGCGAGGUACGAGUACUACGUAGGAAGAAUUCGAGCUGUUCAACUGAACUACUCGGAAGCUCAUACGCACCUUCAACAAGCCAUCAGGAGAGCUCCAGCGGCUGUGCAACCGGCAGGAGCCAACAAGGGUGCGGCGGACAAGGAAAAGGCGGACGGUCCGCUUGCUGCCAAAUUUGGCAAACCUUCUGUGCCUGCCGCUGGGUUCUUGCAGACGGCUCACAAAUUCCUGGUCGUCGUGGAGCUGCUCAUGGGCGACAUUCCUGAACGAAGCAUUUUCCGCGCCGAAGUGCUCAAGAAGGCCCUUGCGCCUUAUAUGGAGAUUGUCCAAGGUGAGCAGGGCUUUUGAUGCGUGCCAGUGCGAAGCAAGCUGACGCGUUUUGGCUCUCUGCAGCGGUCCGAGUGGGCGAUUUGUCCCUCUUUCAAAAGACGCUGUCCACGCACGAAGCGCUCUUUCAAGCCGACCGCACGCGUUCUCUGAUCGUGCGUCUGCGCCACAAUGUCAUCAAGACGGGUAUCCGCACCAUCUCCCUAGCAUACAGUCGGAUCUCGCUGGCAGACAUCACGCGCAAGCUUCAUUUGGAGAGCGAAGAAGAUGCGGAGUACAUUGUGGCCAAGGCUGUCAGGGAUGGGGUCAUCGAAGCUAGGGUGGACCACGAGAGGGGAGAAAUGAAGUCGGCAGACAUGGGAGAGAUUUACAAGACCAACGAACCUCAGACGCAAUUUAGACAGAGGAUCGACUUUUGCUUGCAAUUGCACAACGAGAGCGUAAAGGUGAGUUGAUUGAGCACAGUCACAGUGCUCGCAUGUUCACGAGCUCUCUGCUGAUACUGAACCAAUGGCUGCAACUUGACUCAGGCCAUGCGUUACCCGCUCAACAAUCACAAGGCAGAACUCGACAGCGCUGUCGCAGCGCGCGAAAGAGAGAGGGAAUUGGCCAACGAGAUCGCCGACGGUGACAUUAGCGAAGACGACGAGGAUUGGGUUUGA